GCAGCUCACACAAUGGGUGUGUAGGGGGCAGCUAGGCCCAGGGUGCUGCCUGCAGGGGGACCCAGUGUGCAUCUUAGAGGCACGAGUCCCUCCCGGGUGCGCCCCCUCCUUACCCACCAUGCAGGGACUCGGGGUGUCUCGCAGCAGGGUUGUUUUUCUUCCUAUCCCGGCCUCCAUUCUCCCCUGUAGCCGCACGGGCAGGACGUGCUGACUAUCUGAUAGGAACAGGCACUAUUGGUGCCGUCACUGUCAGCGGCUGAGCAGCCACAGCAUGGUGGUUUGGGGGCUGGGGAAGUUGGGAGGAUGGGGGUGGAAGGGGCCCUUCACCCAGGCUUCCUGCGGAGCGAGGCUGACAUGUCUCAGAUAAAGGCUUUGUGUCUCAGAGCUCCAGGAGCAAGCCAGGCCCAGAAACAGAACAGCCCUGCCCCUGGAUGCCCAGCUCUGCAGGGCAGGUGGCUGGAGCCCUGCGCUCUGACUGGCACUGAAUGCUCGCUGUAGCAGAAUGGGGGCCCAGCUGUGCCAAGGGCAGCCCCUUUUCUUGGUAGCUGGACUCCUGCUCAGCCUCCUCACUCCUGCUUUGAGCCCUGCUCCGGUGACAUCUGAAGAUGUGGCUCUCCUGGGAGCGGUUUCUGAGACCAUUCGCUGCUUCUCCCGAUCUUUUGAAGACCUCACCUGUUUCUGGGAUGAGGAGGAGGCAGAGCAUGGGAACCACACAUACCGCUUCUACUACACCUACAACGGGGAGACGGCCAAGGAGUGUGCGCUGGCUCUGCAGAGACGGAGCGGCGGGGGCAGCCGUUACGUCUGCAUCUUCCCCAGCAGCCAUGAGGUGCGGCUCUUCACCCAGCUCUGCCUCCGCGUGCUAGACACACGCAGCAACCAGACCAAGUACUCCCGGGAAGUCGCCGUGGAGACGGUCGGGCUCGUUGCUCCCCCUGUGAAUAUAACGGCCACCUGGGCUGGGGCAGCUGGGGCGCUGCAGGUGAGCUGGGAACCCCCAGCUACUGAAUACACCGAGCUCUUCAUCUAUGAGAUCCUCUACUGCAUUGUGGGCUCCAUGGAACCAUCCUGCCGGAAGCAGGUGCAGAGCACCAGGGCAUGUGUCCUCCACACCCUGCAGCCUGGGGCCAAGUACCACAUCCGGAUCCGCACCAAGCCAGAUGGCUUGUCCCUGGAUGGAUUCUGGGGUCCCUGGUCUCAGGCAGUGGCUGCUGAAAUACCCCGCUCCUCAGGGGAGAUCGGGCUGCGCUGUUUCACCCCCGACCUGCAGUGGGUGCGGUGUGAGUGGACCUGGGAUCCUGCAGAUUCCAACAGCUCCCACAGCCUCUUCUAUCGGUCCCAAGGGAGCAGUGAUGCCUCCAGAGGCCAGGCUUGGCAGCACUGUCAGGAGCACAGCGCAGGGCCCCAGAGCACCCACACCUGCAUGUUCCAGCCCAGGAAUGACAGCGACAUCUUCACCUUGGUGAAUGUCUCUCGGGGGCAUCUUGAGCCAGUCCUCAGCUACUUUGGGGAGCCAUUCCGGAUGCAUCAGGCCGUGCUCACCAGACCCCCAAGGAUCUUGCAGGCCAACAUCAGCGGUGGGCAGCUGAGGCUGCAGUGGGACCCACCACAGGAGGAACUGGCAGAGUACAUGGUGUAUCAGGUCCGCUACUCAGUGAAGAACAGCAUGGACUGGAAGGUCCUGCAGAUCCAGCAUGCGGCCAACAGUGAGACCCUGGACCUGCGUGCUGGCCCCGGCUACCUCCUCCAGGUGCGAGCCAAGCCCAAUGCGCAGCAGCUCCAGGGGUUCUGGAGUGCCUGGUCAGAGACCAUCGUGGUGGAGGCCCCUUCUGGAGCAGGCAGCAAGGACACUGGGGAGCCCGAUGCAUUCACUGCUCCCUUCUCUGUCCCCGGCUGGAUAAUACUGAGCCUCACCAUCACACUGUUCUUCUUCGUGGGACUCCUGGGGCUGAGGUGCUCUUUUCCGUCUGUGUACAGCAGCGUGAAGCGAAAGCUCUGGCCUCCCGCCCCAGAUCUGCACCGUGUCCUGGGCACUUUCCUCACCGACGGCAGCAAGCAGCAGCAGGCAAACACUUCAUUCUACAACAAGCCCUUGGAAGACGUGAUCCUACCCUGCCUCCUGGAAGUCCUUUCUGAGAGGAAGGGGGCUGAGACUCCCCCAGAGCCCACCCUGCUGAAGACAGCAGGCCCAGGGUCUGACAUCCCCGAGGAUGCAGAGACUAGCAAUCUCUCCUCUCCUCACCAGGACUACAUGGUGCUGCAUCCCAGCAGCCCCACGGGCAGCCGCUACGAGAAUGAGUACUUGGACAGCAGAGGGGAGGGGGAUGACAGCUACCUUAGGGGUCUCGCUGUGCUCCUGCUCCAUGUCCCAGAUGCCCACUCAGAGCUCCGGCAGGACAGGGCUGAGAUCCAGUACAACCCACUGGUGCCUAGCAGCCUUCAGGCCGAAGACAUACCUCUAGGGGGGCCUGUGGACUCUGAGGAAGAGGACUGGGAUUGCCCAUGCUCCGGGAAGCAGUCCAUGUCCACUACAGACAUUUCUAACCAGUCCUACCUGCUGAUGAGCAGCUGGGAGCAGCAGCCCUUCCUCUGAGUGCAGGAUCUGCUACGUGCCCCAGGCUGCCUCGUGAGGAUGGGAGUGAGGCAGAGGGCUUGGCAUGUCACUGGAACCUCACGGCUGGGACGUCCGUGCCUGACUAGAUCCUCAGCUGGGCAGGAGGAACCCCCAUGGGCAAACACUGUAGAGUUACGUGCAUUUCUUCUGCAGCCUCCACUGUCAGCUUCUGCUGGUGACAGGAUCCUGCACUAAAUGGGCCAGGCCUGAGGGUGUUUGUACAGUCAGCGGUGGGCGAUACCGCUCUCCCCAGCCUGUGAUCAGUCUCUGAGGCAGAUCACCAAACAAGCUGCACUCUGGCACUACCAGAGAAGUCCUGCAGGAUGGGGUAGGGGGCACUACAACUGUCCUGGAGGUCAGAAAUCUGUAACCCUUCCCCAAGGAAUCCCAGCCAUUGUCCUCUGUGAUCCCCAGCUGCUUUCCUUGGGGAGGGGCUGCAGAAUUCUGACAUCUGGGACAGUGGGGUGAGCUGGGUUCUGUGUGAGAGCUGGGGGCUUUGAAAAGGGGAUGGGAGGGGCUGAGUACAGCAGUAGUCCUGCCUCAUUAUAGAUAACCCGACCUGAGACAAGAAAAGAAGUCAGCUUUCCGUCCCCCUGGCUCCCCAGUCCCGCUGCCUCCUGCACUUCCCUUCAGCACUUCGUGAAGCUGUCUACAUGGUUCCAGUCAGCCAAGCUAGGAAACCCAGAGCAUUAUGACAUCACUCCCCUGCCUCAGUCACAGCCAUUUGAGAUGGGAACGAGUUCCUUUGUGCUCCCUUUUUUUCUCCCACUCUCCACACUGCCUGUGUGUGCCCAGUUCUGUCCCUCUCUCCCCCCAGAGCAUAUCCUUACACUUGUCUCCCUCCUGACAUGGUCUCUGAAGCUCCUGGGUGCAGGGUCCUGCCUGGUCUGUGCUUUGCCCUGUAGAAUGCGGUGCACACCCUGUGGCAUUACUGAUCAGUAAUAAAGAAUAAUUUACUGGAA